CUUUAAGAUUGUUGAUAGCCGAGGUUUUACCUUUGAGCUUCAAAACCAACAAUAUUAAUGAGAAGCAUGGCAUCUUUCACUGAUUGAGUCAAAGAUGCUUUCACGAGGAAAGAUGAGACUUUUAUGGCUCAACUCUACGGAGAGAUGUUGGAUUGCCUGAAAGUCAAAAGCAUUGUUACCAACGAUAAUUUGUUGGAUCAUCUCAGUGUUGAUAUUUUCCGAAAUAUCAAUGCCGAAUUUUACAUACCGCAGAGUGCCAAGACAAAGAACACAAAUUUGGUUGCCUUAAGAUCUGCUACAAAUGGCAACUACUUCUAUAGUUCAUUGUCAAUUCUACUUGUUGGUGACAACUCUGUGGUGACUAUUUUGAGGCUGAUGACCACUAUAGAAUUAUUUUUAUAUGCUGAUUAUUAUGCAAAACAUCCAUGUUUUUCAAAUCUUUUUGAAACUCAGCAUAACAAACACUUUGAUUCUAUCUCAAGCAUGGUGGCCAUGUCAGUCUCUUUUGAAGCUAUUGAUAGGGCUGGAAGUGGUUGCUCUGUUGCUGAACUGGUCAGGGCAGAAGCUGUGUUAAAUGAAAAAGAUAUGGCAUGGACUGUGUUUGUUUGUUUGUGGCACUCUCUUCAGUUACAUCCUGUGGCAUUUUUUCUUAUUAUCCUGACAUAUACUCUAGUGCUUAUAGGUGGAAUUUAUUAUUUAAACAAAGAAUUGAACCUCUAAUUCUAUCUAGGGCUUGUGCUUCCACUAGUAAUUAUUUGCGAGUUUUGUUUUGCUUUGAAGGCUUAGCUCCUCAAGAAAAUGCAUUCAAACACAAUCAUUAUGCAUCUUUGAUA